AUCAAUACUGCGAUAAAAGUGUCAUCUUAAACUCUAACCACGAGUUGCAUUACAUUUUUAAUAUUGCCUAAACUGACCAACAGUUCGUUUUUAAACCACUGAGAAGUGUCGGUCGUCACGCAACGCUCCCUCCCGACAAACGAGUGUAGAAAGACUGUUGUUGGUGGUGACUGACGUUUCGACAACCUGAGCGUAUCAUUGGUAAUCAUCUUCAGAGUCCAGUGAGAAAACAAGAGUUCACAUGAAUCAACAAUGCGGCGAUAAUGAUCAUUUUACAUGAGAUUUUCUACUGCUACCGCCAGUUUACAAGUUCGCUUUUGAACCACUGACAAGGAAAUUCCGAGACUUUCUGGCAUGUUCUUGUUGGCAUUGGCGGCGUUGGUCUUUGUGGUCGCGUACUUCAUUGUUCGAUUCUACUUGGAUUCCAGAUACCUUCCUCCAGGACCAUUCCCUUUGCCAGUUAUUGGAAACCUUCACUUACUUUCCAGUAAGCCGUACCUGGAUUUCUAUCGACUAGCUAGGCGUUAUGGUCCAGUGUAUCGUCUCAACAUGGGCUGCAACCUCGUGGUCGUUAUAAACAACUACAACAACGCCAAAGAAGCCAUGUUGAAAAAGGGAUCCGACUUUGCUGGGCGGCCGUCACAUUUUGUUGGAAGUUUAUUUUCCAGAAACGGUAAAGGUGUUGGUUUUCAAACGUUUUCUAAAACCUUCAGAAAACAGCACAAAGCAAUUUCUAGCAAGAUCAACGAACAGAGACGAAAAGAACCUAGACUUGAGGUAAUGGUUGCAAAGGAGGUCGACGAACUGAUCCAACGGAUGAGGAGUAACGAAACUGAUUCGUAUUUUGACCCUUCGGGCGGCGUUACCUUCGCUUUUGCUAACAUAGUCACGACCUUGGCCUUAGGCAAGCGUUACAGAGACGACGAUAGCGAAUUCUUGGCCCUAAUGGAUGCUUUGACAAUAUUCGUCGAGGGACUAGCUGCAACAAACUUUAUUGAUACUUUCCCAUUUCUUAAAUUUGUGCCGUUUAACAUCAUCAAAAAAGUCAGGAAUGCUGUUGAUGUACGCGAUGCCAUACUGAAUAGGAUUUACCUCGAACACAAGGCGAAACUUCAGGACAAGACCAACGCGAAUGAUGCAGAGGGAUGUCCACCCGACCUUACGGACUAUCUUAUCAAGAUAGACAAUAAUGAAAUGACAGAGGAUCAUAUAGUCAUGACAAUGAACGACACAAUAAUGGCGGGCAGCGAGACGCCAACAAUGAAUUUUCUCUGGAUAAUGUACUACCUCACAAAGUACCCGGACGUACAGGAAAAAAUUCACCGCGAGCUUGAUGACGUCAUAGGAACGCGCGCGCCGGAAUGGAGCGAGCGUCAAGAGUUGCCAUAUUUGAAAGCGUUUAUUGCAGAAGUCUUGCGCCACUGUAGCGUGAUGCCAUUGGCUAUUCCUCAUGAGGCACUGUGCGACUCUACCAUUGGUCUAUACCAUGUGCCCAAAGGGACUACAGUUUUGUUGAACAUAUACGCCAUUCACCACGACCCCGAGGUAUGGGAAAAUCCAAAAGAGUUCAAACCAGAAAGAUUCCUGGAUGAAAAUAGAAACUUUGAUUCAGGACGGGCCGCUAACUUGAUUGCUUUUGGUAUUGGGCAUCGCGUUUGUCCUGGAGAAGCUUUAGCAAGAAUGGAAUCCUUUUUAUUCACUACCCGGUUUGUGAAGAGCUUUAAGCUUAAAGGUGAUGGAGAAGUCAUGCCGGAUGUGAAUGAGUGUUCCUUUGGGAUCACGUUAAGGCCACCCCCAUUCAGAGUACGAUUGAUUCCCAGGGAUUGUUAGAAUCUCGAGGAGUGACAAGAGAAAAACUAGAAUAGCAGAGUGAAGGCUUCCCUGAGGCUGAGGAACUGUGCUUUUAAUUUCUCGUAAGAAUAUAAUUUCUUAUUUAAACAUUUUAUGAUAAAAUAAAAACAUGUUAAAAAUGCAGGGCGAAACGUCGUCACCGUUUUUAACAUGUUUUUAUCGUACAAUUUUAUUAUAAGAAUAUAAUUGUGACAAAAAAACAUUUUGACUAAAGCAACAGCAUGCACUUGAAUAAUAACAACUAACAAGCAACAAACGAAGCAGCAACAGCAUCGGCAACAACAGCAACAACAACAACAACAGCAUUAGCAACAACAGCAACGACCACGACAGCAGCAAC